AGACCGGGACCGAUCAAAGCCUGUCGUUCUGCGGAACUUGAACUUAUUGAAUUACUCAUGAUUUAUAAAUGAAUGCGCCAUAUGUCUGUUCUGUCUAUCUUGUAGUGGUACAAAGGAUUCUCGUUAUUCCGCCUCUCCAACCCCUCACACUCUAGAACUAGAACUAGUUCUAGACAAUCCAAAUAUAACCGCCGUCGACAACGCAUCAAGUCGAGCAUCAUUGAACCAUAACACAUUAACGAUUACAGUUGCAUUUCAAACAAGAUGGCACCUCAACUAUUAUGGAUAGGCCUCGGCAACAUGGGCAGGGGAAUGUGUAGAAAUAUUGUCGAGAAAGCUGCUCUCGAUGGUCUUCCGCUUCUUCUACAUAAUCGCACGCCACAGCGCGCCAUUGACCUCAAGGCCAGUCUCCCGGACGGAAAGGCCGAGGUUGUCACGGACCUUGCACAAGGAGUAGCCAAAGCCGAUGUGAUUUUCACCUGCGUCGCCAAUGACGCUGUCGUCCAGGAAACACUGGACGCGGCUAUUGCCUCCGGCAACAUCAAAGGCAAGCUGUUCAUUGACUGCUCGACCAUCCACCCCGACACGACAGAGAGUGUGAGCAAAAAAAUCGUCGAGCAGGGAGCCGAGUUCGUGGCUGCACCGAUUUUUGGGCCGCCCGCCGCUGCAGAUGCCGGGACUCUGGUCGCCGUGCUCGCGGGCCCCAGGUCUUCGGUUGAACGAGCGCGCCCUUACUUCAAGGGUGUGACCUCGCGUGCAGAGAUCGACAUGGUGGACCGCCCGCCCCAGACGGCACUGGCGCUCAAGGUUAUUGGCAACACUUUCAUCGUGAACAUGAUCGAGCAGCUGGCCGAGGGCCAUGUGCUGGCGGAAAAGUCAGGACUGGGCACGGACUAUCUACAUCAAUUUGUGGAGCACGUCUUCCCCGGUGCGUACACCGCAUACUCCCAGCGUAUGCUAACGGGCGACUAUCACAAACGAGAGGAGCCGUUGUUUGCUGUGGACUUGGCCAGGAAAGAUGCAGGUCAUGCUCUGGCUCUUGCAAAGAAGGCUGGGACCAGGCUGCCCAACGUUGAGGCUGCAGAUGCUCAUCUGGCCCAGGUUAAGGAACACUCUGGGGCCAAGGGGGACAUUGCUGGUAUUUAUGGUGCUGUGCGUAAGGAAGCCGGGCUCAAGUUUGAGAACGAUGCGUGAUGGUCGGACAGGAAGAUAUGUUAGUGAAUGCCCGAGUAAGAACCGAAAUAGCAGCUCAGAGGUUGUUGUUAGUAUUGUUGAUAUCAAUUAUUAUAUUCAAGUUGAACGUCCAAAAUAUGAAUCGAACAAAAAAAAAAUGAACGAAAA